GUGUUUGCUCACAUGACACAGGGGACAGGAAGGUACAGGUGCUAAGUAGAUCAUCUGGAUCAUUAAUGUUUCCAUCGAGGUCGGUAAUAUCACGCACUGAAGAUGACAGCAGCGCUACAACCGGGGAAAUAAAGAAGAAACACCCAUAAAUUGCUUCAAAGGCUUGCAACCAUGGAAACAAGAGAUCCCAGACCCAACCCUCAAGUGUCCGAGGAUGACGGUGGUCUGGAGAUGAAGACAGACUCAGACCCUGUGGCAGACCACACAGACAGCCCACCGGAGCCCUGUGGUGAGAAGCCCGAAGAUGAACCCCAGUUCACCCCCCCUGCCCCUGCACUCAUCAGAAGGUACUAUGGUGUGAUGGAUGAUGAGGGUGCAGAUGCCGUCUUCAUCGCACCGCCUCCUCCAUCCUACGUGGCUCCUCUGCUGCCAGCAGAGGGCAGCACAGAUGCGAUGGUGACUAAUCCAAGUUUGACCCUUGCAAAUGGGGCAUCUGACGCCACAGCGGCUAAAGGUAAUCCAAGUGGCUUAGACUGGCAUGGUGAAGAGCAGUUAAUGGCAGCAUACAACAAGGUGGAUGAAGUGAAAGCAAGUACAGCGCAGACCUCUGACGAGUGUAUGGACGCCUUAUCUCUGUCCAAAGACAGGGACUCCACUCUACCAAAGGAUCAAGACCAAACAGCCAUGGAAGGCGCAGGUAGUCUGGUGGAAUCAUUGGGGCUCCGUCCAGGAGAACAAGAGUCAAGUGCGGAACCAGAGGUCAGUUUGAGUGGAGGACAGGAAAACUUGAAGGAAAGUGAAGCAGAGAAAGACAAAUAUCCGAAACAGGUACCUUCAAGCAUCGACGAAAACUCAUUUAAUGAGGCACAUUUUGACAACAAGGAAGACAAAACAGCAUCCGGACACACUUUUGGUCUUGCUGAGGUAGAUUCAAAACUAACUAAAGAAAACAACACCUGUGACAGUGUAAAGACAAAUGACCCAGCAGAGACUAAUCUCAAUGCGAGGUGUGAAGUUUUUGCGUCCUGCGGACCACCAGAGGUCUCCAAGUGCAACCCAACCAAGAUGGAGGCAGCAACCAGUCAACCACAGGUACCAGAGAUGCCAACAGAGACUGAAGAGUAUGUUGACACCAGAUCUUUGGACUAUAACCUCACAAAGUACAACUGGGGGAGGAGGGAGAGUGGGGAAACACAAGUGCCCCAGCUCCCAAUCUUUGAAGGCACUGAAGAGACGGUUACAAAAGGAGAUAGAAGCAGGAGUAUAAGUAUUGAAAUCCAACAAGGAGAACAACUCCUUCAGCGUCUGCAACAAGUGCAGCUACGACAGGAUGUAUCUACACCAGAGAGCCCUGGUAACACCCAGCAGGUUGUCCAAGAGGGAGAUGUGUUUGGGGCUGAUGAAGAUGAUCUUAAAGGAACAGAAGGGGAUCUUACAGCUAGAGAUAAGAAGGGAGAGAGUAGAUCUCACACCGUUGACGACGAGGGAGGAAAGUUAAACCUAACGGGGGAAUGGGAGAGGGAAAACAAUGAGAAGAAUGAGAACAAAGACGAAAAGAAAGCCAGGGUGUCCUCGUCACCAAUGCCUGUUGAGCCUGAGCAUGAAAUGACUGUCAGAACACAGCCAGGAGACUCUGAUGACCCUCGUGAAACAUAUUCCGCAGAAAUGUCUCUUCCAUCCACAUGUCACCAGUUCUCAACCGCUGAGACUUCCGCUAAGAAGCAGAUCCACGAGACAGCCCAGGAGACGCAGAACCUGCAGAGAGCCGGCGGUCUCUUCAACCUCGCAGACGAUCCAGAUGUGCUCGAGAUUCCCUUUAAGACCAAUAUUUCUCUUGAGCCACUUGCCACCACAGCCAGCCCAGGUCAGCGCAGUGACUGGCAGUUCUCCGAGCAGAAGAUGCAGAAGGAGAUAAGUCAGGAGAUUCAGAGAGAGCUGGUGCUGGUCAACCAGGGGAAGAUCCCAGGGGGGUACAGCAAAGGGGAAGUCCGUCAAUUAAAGGAGACGAAACUGCUGUUUGAGGCUUUCCAGCAGGACAACCCAGAGGGUCCGACAAGGUUCCGGCGAUCCCCUACCUUACUGAAGAAAGGUCACGUUUACCCAUCGGUUUUAGAGCGCACACGUAGCCUUGAGAUGUUCUCACUCAAAAGUUACCCCGUUUCCAGAACACAUUCCCUCAGGCUGUACAAAUCAACCUCCGACGCAGUUAAAAUCCACGAGGACUUACGAUCAAAGAGCCCAACUGGUGGUUCUCGAGACAAAACACGUCUGUUCCCCUACCCCAAACAAGACAAGCAUGUGCGCCUGCACAGAAGCAUGGACUCCAUAAGCACUGCUACGUCUGCUAUGGAGGCUAGGCAAGUGAACGCAACACAAGGAUCUCCCAUCAUCAAACAAAACCCCUUCUACAAGUUGCGACCAGCCCUGGCUCGGCAGCCCGAGGUGGAGAAGGACAUCCGGGAGGCCAAGGAAAGAGAAGAGGAGCUGCGCAGACAGAGAUGCACCCUGUAUGGAGAGAACAGGCAGAGUAGUGAAGACGGAGAAAAGUCACGAUUCACGUCAGCGCACGAACCAGAUGACAGACGACUGUCCAGGGGGAAGCUGGAACGGGUUUGGCCGCCACCCUCCAAAAGUGACCAGGCGAAAUCUGACCAGGCACAGGUGAUGCGUCAGGAGUCUAAAGUUCACAGAGCGGGAAGACAGAAGGCUCCUCUGUGGCAGCGCUGGGAGGCCGGCCUGGUCAACGGGCAGCCUUCAAAGGAAAAGAACUGAUAUUUGCCACCCCGACGUCUUCAACACUUCAAAUAGAAUAAUCUGCCGUGCUAAAGCAACACAAGCGUAAGAUUAAUCAGUAUGAUCAAAUCCCCGAAAGGUAGUUCCAUCGUACAUGCUUUCUGGCUCCUCUAACUCUGCUUCGUAUCCCUGUCAAAUAUGCUUUUUGAUAUCUUUAAACAGUAGCUUCAUCAGCACGUA